AGUGCUGGGGGUGUGGCCCACCCAGCAUCAUCGGCGGCACCCCGGUCUCUCCCCGGGGCUGCUAGCCGACGGCCUGGACGCGUCCCGGGAGUCGGACAGUCCCCGACCGGAGCUGCGGCGCGGGUAUCGUGCUGGGCCCGCUAGGAUCGGCUCAAGCGAGCACCGGGCGCGGAGACAAGCAAGCCGCGAUCCCGAGCAGCUGCUGCACCUACCUCGGCGGAGGCGGAGCGGGGCGCAUGGGUCCGGGCGCAGGCGGCGGCCUCGCUCUCCUGGACACAGCUGCCAGCCCGGCUCCUGCUGCUGCUACUUGCCCGGUUCCGCGCAAAGGCAGCGGCAGCGAGCGAGGUCGGAUCCGGCGGGGGCGGCCAAGGCGGCGCCACGGCCGGGCGCGUCACGUCCGGAGCCCGCCCCUUCGGCCCUCCCUCCUGGCUGCGCCCGUCCCCGAAGCCGGAGGGCGGGUCGGUGGGCUGCAGGGGCUGCGCCCCAAGCCUCUCCAGGGCGCGCGAGAGAGGGGUCGCGUCCCGGGCAGCGACCCAGCCACCCACCGAGGGCCGCCGCUUUCUCGAGGGCGCAGAGGGAAUUUGCUGGCGCCGCGGUAAGUGCGAGUGGUUGGAGAUGCAAGAGUCGGGCAGACGCCCCCAAAUGGCACCGAACGAAGCGCGGCCGUCGGGCAGCGUCUCCGGCGGCCCUUCCCGGGACCGAGCGGCGCUUUUUCUCCAGGGCCACCUGCAAGAUCUGUGCGGAGAGAGGGUCCCCGUCUCCACCUCUCCCCGGUUGCUUUUACUGAGCGCGGCGGCAGCGGGGAGAAGUCGGCGCUCUGCACAUGCUCGGUUUCCUCACCUUUGCUUCUAACACCGGGCAAACAGGUUCCGGGGCUCAGCGGGGAUGGGGGAAAGCGUGCGAUGGUGGCGGGCAGGUGCCCCGCAGGUGAAGUUAUUUUUGGGUGGUGGUGCGUUUGGUGGCUGGCUCUGCAGGAGUGCUCUUGUCCCUGGGGUGGGGGUGCAUUGCGGGCGCGGGGGGGGGGGGCUUGCUUUUCCUGCCUAUCCCACCCCCACCUUCCAGCGCUCCGAGUGGUUCGGGGGCUCCCUCCUUCCCUCCGGGGCGGCAGGGGGAGCUGUGCGCAGAGGCGGCGGCCGGGCCUCGCUCUUGGUUGCGCUUCCUCGGCGGGGCGGAAGGAGGGAGGGAAGGGGAAGGAGAGCCCUGCCGCCACCAGGCCGCGCUUCGUCCCGGGCCGCCGCCGCAUCCGGCUCCCCCCGAGCGAGCCAGUUGAGCGUCCCAGGCGAGGCCCGAGUCGCGGCGGACACCGGAGGCAGCGCGGAACCUGGCAAGUCUCGGAAAAGGUCCCCAUAACCCCUGGCAACUGGCCGCCUCGUCUCCCCACAUACAUGGAGCAUUUUUGCAAAGGGGGGUGCAGGAGUGCCAACUUGGCCCCGCGACCGUGGGUGCCCGGGGCCGUGGUGCCAUGCAGCGUGGAUGGCCCUGGCACCGAAAUGUGCCAGUGCCCGGCCCUUUCACUAGAUAUUUUUAAAGUGUUCGGGCACUCAGGGCCCCAGGGAGUUGGCACCUAUUGGGGUGGGUGGGUUUAGGUCUCCCCCUACCCUCCCGCAUCCCCAGGAAAGUGAUAUUCUGAAAGGGAGUCAGCUUUUCUCUUUCCUCCUCUCCCUCGUAUUUUGCAUCCGGAUCUUGUGUCGGGAGAGCAGGCUUAAUUGAUACAGUUCCCCCCUCUCCCCCUGAAGCUGGCUUCUCAACCUGGCCUGCAAAGGAAGCUCUCGCUGCGCUCCCCUCGGGGCUUAAAUCUGAUUAGACUUGGGGGAUGUCUCCUGAUCCUCUGGACCGCUGCUUGCCAAAUCCUGCACUUAGAUGCACCCAAACCCUUUGGGAUUUGGAGGCCCAAGUGGCCUUUACUGGUGGCUGUUGGGCUGACAGUUUGGGUAAAAAUAGAGCCAGAAGCAGCAGCAAAGUCCCUGCACCCAGUUGCCAAGGAAAGGGUUUUGCAAGCACAUCCCUCUGCUAUGCAAGGAACAGGUCCAGGACCUGUUCUUUUUGUGUGUGAUGGAACCUGGUUUAGGAGCAGGGAGCCCACACAGGCAACUGUUGUUGUUUAGUUGUGUCCGACUCUUCGUGACGCCAUGGACCAGAGCACGCCAGGCCCUCCUGUCUUCCACUGCCUCCCGCAGUUUGGUCAAACUCAUGCUGGUGGCUUUGAGAACACUGUCCAACCAUCUCGUCCUCUGUCGUCCCCUUCUCCUUGUGCCCUCCAUCUUUCCCAACAUCAGGGUCUUUUCCAGGGAGUCUUCUCUUCUCAUGAGGUGGCCAAAGUAUUGGAGCCUCAGCUUCAGGAUCUGUCCUUCCAGUGAGCACUCAGGGCUGAUUUCCUUCAGAAUGGAGAGGUUUGAUCUUCUUGCAGUCCAUGGGACUCUCAAGAGUCUCCUCCAGCACCAUAAUUCAAAAGCAUCCAUUAUUUGGCGCUCAGCCUUCUUUAUGGUCCAGCUCUCACACAGGCAACUAGUCACCUGUAAAUCCUGUAAUGUGUGUUGUGAGUUUGACACCCGGAUCUCUCGGGCAAUCCAGAGGUUCUGCAGUAGGAUCAGCCUCCUGCACUGCUGUACCCCAAAGUUGUUGGGUGCUGUUUUGUCGGUUGUUCUUGUGGUAGUGGUAGAUGCUUUUCUCUUGCUGCUGCCUCUAGCCACACUCUGUAACACCUGCACUGGCCUCGUAUCUCUGCAAUAGGAACCUGCUGCUAACUGGCCAUAGGAGAACCACCCCAGAGCGAGUCGAGGUCCCAAGUGCAGCUGUGACUGUUGGAUUCUUUGCUUGCAGAGAGAGCGAUGGCCUCUGAGCAAACCAAAGAUGAUGAAGAGGAGGAGGAGGAGGAAGAGGUGGAGGAGAGCGAAAGUGUUCCUGCCAGCCAGCCUGCCCCAUGUGACUCUGAGCUUCCCAAAGGAUUUGCCAGUUUGCCUCUCAGGUAAGCUGGACACACUAAAUGUUGGCAAGUGGGAGUUCAGAAUCCUCUGGAAGAACAGCCAUGGCCUUCAGAACAGAGCCCAAAUGACUCCACCAAUAAUGGAGCUUAUUCCAAGCAGAUCACAGGGUGGUGGUAUUCAAGGAAGCAGGAUAUGAGUUCCCUCUCAUUUGGGUACCUGCUGUGUCCAGAGAGAAGUGAUGCUAAAGCCUAGCUGUUUGAUUUGAGGGAGUGUCAUAGACCUUUUUCAGUGGCUUUGAUCCUCUGUUGCUGUCUGUCCGGUGCUGAGCAUCCUUCUUUGUUGUUAAGGUGUGAUCAGUCUCUUUCUGGCGGUGGCUUGGCUUUUCCACACCUGUUCUCUUUCCUUUCUGCCUCUGAUCUAGGGAUUUGGUUAAGAGGCUGGGCAUGCUACAAUGGCAAAGCGAGAUGUGGCUCCAGGAACUCCUUUGCUAGGAUUUUGGGGUAUACAGCGAGCUAACGGAUGGCUGUCCUUUCCAUGUGGCUAUUAAUUGUGUACCAUGCUGUUCUGGGAGGCAUUCAGAAGGAGCAAUAAUUUCUGGUGUUUGCUUCCAUGUGCCUCCAAAGCACCGUGCAAGAUAGACAAACCAGCCACACCCUCCCAAGUUGCAGAAGAUUUUGGUUUAUUUCUUAGUAUCGUGUUCUCUGACUGGCAGUGGUUCCCCAGUGCUCUCAGGGAGGCCUCUUCCCCAGCCCUACCUGGCAUUUAAGCAUGAUGCCUUAGAUCUCUCCAAGAUCACUGAUCACUCCUCAAGAGAGGUGAUGUUAAUAGUUAAUCUCAGCCCCUCCUGCACUCAUUGUCUCUUGCAGCCACCAGGCAAGUGCUUAAAUGCACAGCUCAGAUAAUGUAUGUGAAACACUUGGAACACUCAAAAGUUGUUGUCAGUAUUUAACCGAAGCUGUGAAGUCAGGAGUGAACAAUUAUGGAGUCACUUAUAAGUGACAUGUAUGGUGUGUUUUUUCCUUUCUUUUUUUAAACAUAAAAAAAUAAUAAUACAAUUGUGGCACCGGCGUUACCGCUUCAUCUGUACAGUAUUAGCUUUUGAAGGCAUCUCUCUUUUUUAAUGCAUUUUUAAACAAGUUUUAUACACAUACCGUAUCAUACCAUAUCCAUCAUUUAUCCCUUUUCUUAGGACUUCCCAGUCCAUCUCUCCGUAGCAUUCUCAACAAACCUUGGUCGGCUAAAUAUCCUGAUACUCCACCCAUUUCCAUCUCAAAUCUUCCUUUAUUUGAUGUUUUAUCUGCUGCUCAUAUGUUAACUCCUAUUUGUAGGUUAAAUUCAAUGUUGUACCCCCUUAAGAUAUUCUCCAAAACACUUCCACUCUUCUCUUAUCUGUUUGUAUGGUUUUUAUUAAUUGCUUUCUGGGCAUUCCUUUGUCACAUUUUGAAGACUUUCUCCACAAAAGUCCUGAGCCAUUCGGCUCUUUGUCAAGGGCACCUGAGCAGGUAGCUUGCAAGUUCUUCCCCUUUCCUGUGUGUGUCAGGUGGAGUAACUGAGCACUCUUUGUUGCAUACUUGGGUGAAAUUUGCAGUGGGCAUUGAUUGUUCUCUCUUUUUGUUCUCUGGGACAGCAUAAGUGACCUUUCCAUUCACGAAGACGAUUGCCUGCCACUGGCUGCCACCACCAAUCACACCCAUCCGAAAGCUAGCGAGAGCUGGGAAGGUGAUCACUCGGAAGAUGCAGAAAAGGAUUCUGGGAAACCGGAGAAUGACUCGCCCUUGCCAGUUCCCCAGGACCAAGAGACCUCAGAAGAGCUUUUGUCUGGCCCCCUUACUGAGGCUGCCUCGCUGCCCUCAUCGUGCCCCUCAAGCGAGGAGCUCCCUUUGCCCGACUUGGACAAUGCCGUUGGAGAAAAGAGACCUUCUCUGUCUGGGGAAAGUCUACCAGUGGCUUCACCCCUUGCACAGGCAGAUUGCCCCAUGGACCAGACCAGCGAUGUCCUGAACUGCUCCAAGGAUGAGCUGGGGUCUUUGAUCUUGCAGCACGGCAGGCGGCAGAAUGGGUGCCCAGAUCUGGAAGACACGCCCUUGGCGGUAUCUCCAAGUGGGGAAGACCAAGACCAAGAAGGCGCAUUCCAAAAGCCCUCCCAGAACAUUGCAGUGCAGGUCAAGUACUCAUUUAGGGAGGCUGCGGGAGGUGGGGUGCUUUGGAGAGACUUCUGUCUGAUGGAGAGUCUUCCUUACCAUACACUGAAAUUGGCAUAGUGGGGAGGGUGCAUGGGACUUUUUUUCACCAAGGUCAUUGGUAGGCCUUCCUUGCUUUGGCAAGUGAAUGAGAUGAUAUGGAUACCUUCAGGUUUUCUUAUUGUUUUUGAUCGAUUAGCAUAGAGGAAGUUGGAGAAUGGGGGAAAUGACCAAGAAGCAGCUAGGUAUACUUUUUCAUUUUCUAUGGUAGGGUUCUUCAUGGUGGCAGUUUAAAUGGCAAUACUUCUUGGCAAUUCUAUUUAAAAGGCUAAAGGUUGCAUUUCUGCUGGCUGACGAGCUUUAGUUCAAGCUUAAUAAGCUUUGCAAUUUAUUCUAUAAACAUCCCUUCUUUGACUGGCAGCUGAUCCUAAUAGGGUGUUACGCUGUACAUCCAUUGCUUUUGGGGGUUACAUCUGGAUCAACACAGCUGAGAGUGCUUAGAAAAUGGCAACCAAACAUUUCGGGCUUAGUCAUAUAUACACAGUAUGGGCGGGGGGGGAGAGUAUAAUAGAGGUGCAUAAAAUUACACAUGAUGAUGCAAGAAAAGGAGUAGGGUGACUUACAAGAACCCAGAGGGUAUCCAGUGCAGCUGAAUGAUGGAAAACUGAAGACAGACAGAAAAUAACAGUGUUUCUCAAACUUGGGUCUCCAGCUGUUUUGGGACUACAUUUCCCAUCAUCCCUGACCACUGGUCCUGCUCCCUAGGGAUGAUGGGAGUUGUAGUCCAACAACAGCUGGAGACCCAAGUUUGGGAGACACCGAUAUAGUGCAUAGUGUAAACUCUGGAAUUUGCUCCCACAAGAUGUAGUGAUGAUGGCCAUCAACUUGGAUGGCUUGAAAAGAGGAUUAGCCAGGAUGGCUCUGUUCUGCCUCCACUGCUGUAGGCAGCAUGCCUCUGAAUUCCAGUUGCUGGGGGGUCACAAGUGGGUGGAGUGCUGCUGCUGUUGCACUCAGGUCCUGCUUGCAGGCUUCCCAUGGAGCAUCUGGUUGGCUGCUCAGAGAAUAGGAUGUUGGACUGGAUGGGCCAACACUGGCCUGACCCAGCUUUAGGGCUCUUCUUGUGUUCUUAUAACGGCGUUUUUUGGACUCUUCGCUCAGGUUAUGGGGGACCGCCAUGUUUUGCUCCUAUCACUGACCAAAAUGCUUCUUACCAAAGCAAAGUAGUCUUGCAAAUGGAGGCAAAGGGCUUUGCAGGUUUCUAGCCCUCGCAGCGGGGUUAAGCAGAAAGAGGACCCACUUAGUGCUGAGCCUGUACCUGAACCUGUGCGUAACCCCUCCGACCUCUCAACCAGCGUUUCUGUUUAGAUUAGCUUUGGUAAUCAAGCGAAAGGGGAGUCAUGGCCUGGGCCCUGUCGACUAACAGCCCCACAAAGCGACUUCACCAGAGCUUCUUGUCACUGUAACAUCCAAAAGAGCAUCACAAAAUGCAUCGCAUGACAUUUUUGACAGGCAGAACUUUUUCCUCCCUUUGCAGACCGACUUCAGAACAGCUGACUUGGAAGUGAACACUGAUCAGGAUAUUGAAAAGAGCCUGGUAAGCUGCGCUGUCUUCUGCAUGAGUAGUUCCCCCUUUCCUCCAGUAAGAAAGUGUGCAGGAAGGCAGCCUCAGAUCCUUCAGAGCAGCGGGGGGGCGGCGGCUCCUGCCUCAAUCCCUGAUGUCUUCUGCCUUCAUAGUGGAUGGUCAGACACUUCUGUGUAAGGAGAGCCCAGUGCCGGGCUGAGCCCUAUGUGGCCCUCCAGGACUCUCUAGCUGACCUUUGAAAUGCUCCUCAAGCCACACAUCCUCCCCCAAUUGCACCACCCACAAAUGUUUUCUCCCUGGCUGGAAUGUGUCCUUGAAUACUGGUAAUGACUCCUGUGUGCCUGGAUGGAGCAUAGAGGGGGUGGGGGUCUGUGAAUGUCUCUGCUGAAGCUAGCCUAAAAAGAGAAAUGCAGCCCUCAUCUAGCAGAGUUCAUUUAUUUAUUAUAGAUUUUCUUGUGAUUUAUGUGGGAAUCAUUAAUUUGGUCGUGUAUUUUUUAUGUUUUAUUUAUUAUAAACGGCUACUUUUGUUAUGUUGUACUUGUGAAUUUUUGUCUGUGUUGUAAGCUGCCUUGAGCACAGUUUGAAUACCGGAAAGACAGCAUACAAAUAAAAUUAUGUAUGUGCCUAUUUUGGGAUGCAGGUGGCUCUGUGGUCUAAACCACAGAACCUAGGGCUUGCCGAUCAGAAGGUCGGUGGUUCGAAUCCUUGCGACGGGGUGAGCGCCUGUUGCUCGGUCCCUGUUCCUGCCAACCUAGCAGCUCGAAAGCGUUAAAAAGUGCAAGUAGAUAAAUAGGUACCACUCUGGCGGGAAGGUAAACGGUGUUUCUGUGCUCUGCUCUGGUUCGCCAGAAGUGGCUUAGUCAUGCUGGCCACAUGACCUGGAAGCUGUCCGCGGACAAACGCCGGCUCCCUCGGCCAGUAAAGUGAGAUGAGUGCCACAACCCCAGAGUCGUCCACGACUGGACUUAACAGUCAGGGGUCCCUUUGCCUUAAUGUACCUAUUUACUUUGAAAUAAAGCUCCGUCAGACACAAAAGGAUUAAUCUCCUUUUUGGGAUUCCCUGCACUUCAAGGGGGGAAGAUGACCAGGUGCUGAGGGACAAGGGGGUCACCUCUCCUCGUUCAGAUAUUUUUUGCAUGUGGAUCUGUUCUUUCUCUUGAAGAGUUUUCUCUCUUUCAUAGUUCAGGUUGCUUCCCUGACUGCCCUGCUAAAAGAGCUGCUCCUCUAGCCCAGUAGUCCCAAGGAUAGAUCAGGACAGCCUCAGCUCUGGGCUUGGGUAAUUUGGAAGCAUAGACACAAGGGGCAUGUUUGCUCUAGAUGUUUUCCUUGAAUCUUUGCCCAACUGAGGCAUGGUGACCCACCUCAUGUUGGCAAGCUAGAAACUGUGCCACUAAGAAAAAAACUAUGCCAACACCAAGGCUGAGGUUAAAAGAAGAACCAGAGAACUAAAGAAUACUUGGUGGAUAAAAAAGCUCAAGAGAUCCAGCACUUAGCCGACACUCAGAUGCACAGAGUUUCCUUAAAGCCACAAAGACCAUCUAUUGGCCAAUAAAUAAUGGCAUAUGCCCCCUAUGCUCAACAGAUGGUGCCACACUUCUAAAAGAUAAAGAAGCUAUUGCACUGCACUAGAAAGAACAUUACCAGCAUCUGCUUAACCGCAACUUCCCCUUAGCUGCUGAGGUCCUCUGCGACUGCAGCUUUCUCCCAAUUGAAGAGUGGAGUGUUUGAGGACUGGGACAUUUGCAGGGAAACCAAAAUGCUUGUUUCCAAAGCUAUUGUACCACCAACCUUACUGUAUGCUUGUGAAACAUGGAUCACUUAUAAACACCAUCUCCAACUCCUCAAAAGAUUCCAUCAACAGUGUCUUCAAAAAAAAUUACACAUCACUUGGGAAGACAGACAAACUAAUGCCAGUGUACUGGAAGAAGCAAAGAUCACAUGUUGAAGCAACGAUUCUUCAACAUCAACUUCGUUGGACUGGUCAUGUUGUUCAGAUGCCUGAUUAUCAGCUUCCAAAGCAACUACUCUAUUCUGAACUUAAAAAUGGAAAGUAUGAUGCUGGUAGUCAACAAAUGAAGUUUAAAGACUCUCUCAAGGCAAAUCUUUUAAAAAAUGUAGUAUAAACACCAACAACUGGGAAACACUGGCCUGUGAGCGCCCCAAUGGGAGAACAGCCUUUUCCAAAGGUGUCAUGGACUUUGAAGACACUCAAACACAGGACGAAAGGGAGAAACGUGCUAAGAGGAAGGCACGCUUGGCAAACCCCCACCAUGAUCAACUCCUGCCCAGAAACCUAUGUCCCCACUGUGGAAAGACGUGUGGAUCCAGAAUUGGCCUCCACAGUCACUUACGGACUCAAGACCAUUUCAUGGAAGACAGUCUUACUCGGCUAUGAGUAAUCACCAAAGAAGAUGAUGUUUGGCCUGGCGGAAGUUGGCCUGGCGUUGUGUUAAUCAUGGAAAUGGAAAUUUUGCUGGUUCAGAACAGGACAGACUCCUUCCCUCACUUCUCCCCCCCUUUCCAGAUUACCACCUCUUCAUUAUCUGUCUAGGGUACAGGGAGAACGAGCUACUCCAAUGGGUGGUGUAAUUGUGAAGAUGGAGAAAGGGGUCCCUCUUUUCACUUCCUUCUUCUUUGCACCCUGGCAGGAUAAAAUGAUGUCCGAGAGGGCUUUGCUGAAGGAGCGUUACCAGGAAGUGCUAGAUAAGCAGAGGCAGGUGGAGAAUCAGCUCCAAGUGCAGCUGAAGCAGCUCCAGCAGCGAAGGGAGGAAGAAAUGAAGAACCACCAGGUAACCAGAGCAGCUUCUUCCUUCCCUUUUUCCAUGGCAACUAAGCCAAGGGGAGGCUGCCUGUCUCAAGUGCUGGGCAGAAUCACAGAAGGCAGGUAGCUGCUGCCUUGUACCAGGUCAGGCUGUUGAUCCCCCUUGGCCCAGUAGGGCUUCCUGCUCUGACUGACAGUGGCUCUCCUUCAACUCAGGCAGAGCAAAGUCCUGCCUCUAGCUUCUGGCGGCAGCUACUGCUGCCUCUGCCGUCACAGAGGAGGUAGCAAAGACUGAGUCGGGACCUUCUGUGUGCAGUAGGGGCACUUCCUGCUAUGCGAGUGGUGGUAACAGUGGGCAGUAUGAGGAUAUGCCCUUGCAUGGGAGAGUUAUAGGUAGCGGACUUGCUUAGCUUGGUGGGUUCAAAAUGGAGUGGAAAGAAAACCUCGGUGGAGUUUGCUUAUUAAAUUUCAGUCCCACCCUUCCUCCCGAAGGAGCCCAGGCAGCAAAUGACAAGUGAUAAAACCAUGGUUGGGUGAGCAGGGCGAAGGUCCACUUGUGCAAUGGGAUGUGAAUUCUCGCGCAGUGAGUGGACUGUUUUGGAGAGCUCUCUGUUCCUUCCCACUCUAGACACUGUUGAUCAAUUGGGAGAAACAGCCAAGGGUGUCUCUGUGUGUUCUUAGAGACUCAAGCCAAGCCAUGAGGAGGGCAAUUGGCUUUAGGAAAAUAUAUUGAUUAGGCCUCUUGUGGUUGACCAUGCCAACCAUGUGAACAGAAGCAGGGGGUGAAACUCUAGGAAUGUGCUGGAAGUUGCUAUGAAUCCGACCCCAAUAUUUUCUGGUCCAAAACUUUCUUGUACCUUGGAUAGCACUCUGCAGCUUUCCUGACUUCAAAACGUGUAUUUCGCAUGCAGAUUAGAUUGUCUUUAGAAGGGCAUCUGAAAUUCUGGAGAACCACUACAGCAAUCAGCAUCAACGAUACUGGGAUAGAUGGAGCAAUGGUUUUUCUUGGGAUAAAGCAACUUUCUACGUUCCUAGAUUUGUAAAGAUAAUUUUUGAACAUUCUGGGUGGUGCCGUGGUGCAGCACACCAGCUAAGAGAGUGUGCUGUAAUUCAGGAUGUCACGAGUUCAGAUCUCGAUUAUGAACUUGCUAGGUGGUCCUAGGCAAAACACUGCCCAGCCUCUUCUGGAAUAUGAAGACAGUGAUACUCACAGGAGUCUUUAAAGAACUUGUAGCAGUUUUGCAUUUCUUUUUCAUUGGAUUGCUGCUGCUGUAGCUGGGUUUAUGUGUUUUAUUUUGAAUAUUUUCAACACCACGUUUUUAUUUUAUCUGAAUUUGUUAGCCACCCUGGUAACACAGUGAUGCUGAAGGUGUUGAUGUGUGUGUGUGUGUGUGUGUGUGUGUGUGUCAACGUGAAGACCUUUGAGCUCUGGAAACCCAAUAUAAAUGCCUGAGGUAUUCUCCCCACUCCUCUAGGAGAUCCUGAAGGCCAUUCAGGACGUGACUGUUAAGCGGGAAGAGACCAAGAAGAAGAUGGAGAAGGAAAAAAAGGAGUAUUUGCAGAAGGAGCAGGAUCUGAAGGCAGAAAUUGAGAAGCUCUAUGAGAAAGGCAGGAGGUAUUUCUGAGAGUUAAAGACAGCAAUGCUUAGCCCGCUCUGAAGGUUGGCUCGGAAUCCAAAACAGGAGGAAGUCUAUGUCAGGUUGGCCAGGUUUGUGGGGAAGGGUCCUUUUGAUCUGCAUCUUCUCACCAAGUCUGCUUUUGCCCAGCAACUUCAGCUGACCCCACGCACCCUGCAGGCUGCUUGGGGCUCAGUCAUUGUUUCCGGGAGAUCCCAUUGGCCCAACUGUUCUCCAGUUAGAACUGGAAGCACAGUUGCAUAGUGACGUUUCUGUUCUCUCAAGCUUUCCCAGCCUGGCUACAGAAGUCUCUGCCAUCUUGUAUCGUUUUCGAAAAUCAGCUUUUGUUGUUUUCCUAAAUGUUUUUAGCUGCUUUUAUUAUUUUUGGUAGAACGUUUUGGGAUGAACGUGGAAAUAAUAGCAACAACGACAACAAUGAUAAUAGAGAUUGCCUUGCUGGAUGUGAGUGUGGCUGAGUCUUGACUUGGUUCCUCCACCCAGCCUUGGUCUCUGUGGAUGUAAAUGCAGCUCCCUAUGGUCCAGGCGUGGAGACCCUGUCAGACUUCACCUUCCAUCUGCUCCAGCCCAGAUGGCCAAUGCUCAGGGGCGAUGGGAGUUGCAGUCCAGCCACAUCCAGAGGUCCCCAUCCCUUCUCGGUGCAAGGAAUUAACUCGGCGUGUCCCAUUUCUCUUUCCGUACAGGCUGCUGAAAGAGCAAGAGGAGAAGGAGAACAAGAUCGUUUCCCUCAUUGCUGAGCAGUCUGAGGAGAAGUAGGCCUCUUCCUUUUCUUAAGAAUGUUUUUGCUUGUGCUUUGCCCUCCUUCCUAUCUCUCUCUCUCAGUGGUCUUACUAGGAGACUGUGGUUCCCAUGAGAGCUUCUGUCCCCACUUGUGGGGAGGACUUUUCAAUUCCCCUCUCUUGUGCCAGUUUGAUGUCGGCAUCAAACUAUUGCGUAAAAUGAUACACGGGUGUGGAGAAAAGGGAUGGGGAGAAACGGUUUGUCCCUCUCACAGAAUGCCACAAGUCAGAGGAGCCAUCUAAUAAAGCGGAAUGCUGGGAGAUCCUUUGCCCAGCACAUAAUUAAAACAAUGGAAGUAGCUCUUGCAAGAUGGCCACUAAGUCAGAUGGCUUUAAAAGAGGUUUAAGAACAGGAUGUUAGACUAGAUACACCCCCUUUUUAGUCUGAUCCAGGAGCCAGGCUCCUUUAAAAAAAAAAUUUUUAUAUAAAAUAGUAGUAGUCAUCAUAAUAAUAUUUAUUUAUUUAUUUAUUUAUUUAUUUAUUUAUUUAUUAUUUACAUCACGCCUAUCUGCCUGGGUAUCCCCAGCCACUCUGGACAGCUCCCAACAGAAUAUUAAAAACACGAUAAAACAGUAAUAAUCAUAAAUAAAUAAGAACAAAAAUGUGCAGCCCACCACCGAGACCAUUCCAUUGUAACUAUCCAACGUCCCAAAAUUUCAACAACUCUUGUGAUGGUUCAACCCCUUUCCGUACAAAUUCUACAAACAACCUCAAAAUCAUUUCCUCAAAAUCAUUUCUCCUGCAUAUUCUCCAUCUUACCUUAAUGGCACAUGUUCAUUUAUCAUUCAUAGCUAUAUCCCACACCUCUUUAUACCAUUCUUCCAUUUUAUAUUCUGCUUGCCCCUUCCACUUCCUAGCUAUAAUAAUUUGUGCAGCUGUCAAUAAAUUUGUGGACAAGUCCUUCGUAGCCUGUGAACCUUCCACCCCAUCGUGAAUUGUGGAGCCAGGCUCUUAGCUUCUCAUGUACUCCAUGUUCAGACAAUAUGGAAUUGUUGUCAACCUGGGUUAUAGUUUCUGCCCCCAAGCAUGGUUUGCAAGGGUUGAGGGGGGGCGACCCUUGUUUCUGGCUACAAAUGGAUGUCCAAAAGAUGAUGCUAGGAGGGUUAACGAAUCUGCGUUGUCCGCUGGGAUGUGUGCACAGCCAGAUCGGAGGCUCACCAAUAAGGGUUCUGUUUAGUGAAACAGGAAUAUCCUGGAGUAAGGGGGCAGCCUUUUGUGAGCAGUUCCACUUCCUGGACCCUAAAUCGGAGCUCUUUCUUUGCUCCCCAGGGAGGUGUGGGAGAUGGAGCUGGACAAGCUGAAGAACCAGCAGGAUGAGUUCAGCCGGUCGAUUCUGGAGGACACGGAGCGGGCUUGGAAAGCAGAGGUAGGCAGGCACCCUGCAGCCCUCUUUGAGGCUGAGCACCCUCUGGCAGCCUGCAAUGAAAACAGCAUAUUCCAUGUGAGCCACAAGGCCUGAAGGAGAGCUGAGCAGCAGCUUCUGGCUGAGAAGGGGCUUCUUCCAGGACUGCUGCCCUGUGGUUGGGGAGUCCCAGAGAGCCGUGAUCCAAGUGGCUGAGUGCUUCUCCUCUCUGAGCCUAGUAGGUCAGCACGAGCAGGCCUGACCCUCUGUUCUUGCAUAGAUCCUGUCCCUGGAGAGCCGAAAGGAGCUGCUGGUGCUGAAGCUGGAAGAGGCAGAGAAAGAAGCUGAGCUCCACCUCACCUACCUCAAGUGAGUACAUGGCCGGGACUUAGCAGAGGGAGAGAGAGAGGCAACACAGUGGAGGUUCGUAGGUUGACCUGGUGGGGUGAGGAAAUUGGGGUGCUUGCACUCUCCAUUCUGGUACCUGACCAUCUUUUUCUAGCAGGACCCAAGCGAGGAGGCCCUCCAGCUCUCCUUUGCUACUCUCCCCUAUGAAAAACCACAAGGGGGUGCCCAGGGGCUGCUCCUCUGGUGAGGACAACACCUGCCUCUGCCCUGGAAUCCUUUUCAGGAAACCUCACUGCAGGUUCUCUUUCAGUGGGCACUUGGCACCGGUCCUGGGAGUGGGAGCAGCUCGGAUGCUGAGGAGUUUUCCUCCAUAGUUCUUUCCCUUCGAGUAGGAGCCAGGUUGUACCUCUGCAGUGCUGGAGGCUGCUACCUGUCCUGUGACAUCACACAUGCCCGUCUGUGACCUGAAUGUAUGCAGCACCUCACACAGAAUCUCGGGGUUAGAAGAGGCUUCCCUGGCUCAGAGGCUCAGUGGAGGGGGGCAGAGAGGGAGCUGUGUGUGCUUCUCGUCCCUUCGGCCAGGUCUCUUCCUUGCUGAAGCUCUUUUGUUGCUCUUCUGUCCGGGUAGGUCAGCCCCCCCAACGCUGGAGACCAUCCGGCCAAAGCAGGAGUGGGAGACAAGGCUGAACAGGAUACGAAUGACCAAGGAGAGCGUCCGUGUAAGUGCAAAAGGCUCCCUCUUCUCGGAUUCCGAAAGGGAGUCUUUGAGAUACAGCAGGAUCCCAUUAUCUGCACUUUCCGGAAACAGCUGAAGACAUUUUUUGUUCCAACAGACUUUCCCAGUUGGAUAAAUGGGCCUCUACUCUUUUUUUUUUUUUUUUUUUGCCAAUUAGUUUUUAUUUAUUUUCAAAUUUAUAACUCAUCAACACUGAAUUAAAAUUAAUUUAAUAAGUUUUUUUUAGAAAAAACAAACCCUGCUUUCCCACUCUCAGGUAUAUUCCAAUUUAUCCCAUUUAACAUGCUGCUAAUUUUACAGCUUUAUCUCUUUUCUUAGCAAAUUCCUUGUCCUUCAGCUGUCCCUUUAACAACACCUGCAUAUAGAUAAAACAAAAUUAUUUCAAAUAACAAUAAGUGAGGUUAUAAUAAUUCAAAUCUUCCAUUCUUCUUUGCAACUUGUAUUUUGUUUUUUUGUUUUUAUCCCUGAUAAUUUUCAGGCUCUGCCUUUUCAGGUUCCCCCUUAAGGUUUUAAUAUUGUUUAAGUGUAUUUGUUCUGUUUCUGUUAUAGCUGUUUUAAAUGAAAUAAUAAUAAUAAUAAUAAUAAUUUUAUUAUUUAUACCCUGCCUAUCUGGGCGGCUCCCAACAGAAUAUUAAUAAUAAUAAUUAAAAAGUGAUAAAACAUCAAACAUAAAAAAACUUCACAAGAGAGGGCUAUAGUUCACCUUGAGCCGGUAGUUUAGAAGGCAAAUUAAUUAUGAUAAUAACAACUUGGACACUUCUUUUAAAAUUUUGUUUUGAAUAUGUGCGUUUCAUCUCUUAGGACCAGUACAACGAUCACAUCCAGCUGGUGCGGAACGGGGCCAAACUGAGCAGCCUCCCACAGAUCCCCACGCCUCCCCUGCCCCCACCACCCCUGGAGGUGAGCACUUCCCCUCCCCUCCAAGUCCAGGCACAGUCUUGUUGCGGGUGGAGGCAGGCCUGCACAACUGAACCUGAAGACGGGAAGGGAAUGAUGUUGCAGAUCAGCUCUUCAUUCUGCCUGGCCCAGCUGCAGCGCCGAAGCUGUGCUGGGGAGUCCCUGUGACCUGGGGAGGAAAACCUUCAAAAGAGGGGGCUGGCAAGUGGUCACUCUGAGCUAACGGGCACCCUCCCUCUUUCUUUUUCUUCCUCUCAGACAGACUUCCUCCUACCAGCCUUCCAGCCCAACUCCUCCCUUGCCCCGCGGUUGCCCUUCCCCAUUGGGACAGUCCCCAUGCCCAUGGUCAUGCCCAGCGCUGACCCCCGGGUGCUCUCCUUCCCGCUCCUCAACCCAACCAUCUCCAGGCCCAGCCAGCCCUCGCCCCCUCUGCCCACGGCUUCCCAGGGCAGGAACAGCCCCGUCCUCAGUUCCCUGGCGGGUCCUCGCGUGACGCCUGCCACCGCCGCCUCGCUCCCUCCGCCGCCGGGUCUGGGCGGAGUCAAAGCGGCGCCGGAAUUCCAGAGACCCCCUCCGCCCCCCGUGGACAAGCUUGAGAAGUUCCUGGAAAAACUGCUGACACGAUUUCCCCAGUGUAACAAGUGAGUUGAGCUCCUUGACUUGUCAGAGCCGUCUUGAGAAACAGGAACUGCUGGGGAUUCACCUUGCUUGGCUCACCUUCCAUUGCUCACCCUGUCUAGGGUGCUGCAAAACGCAGAGGGUUUUCUUCGCGGCCCUGGGGCAGGUGGCAAUGGCAGCCUGGGAGGGUGCUGUAGAGCUGAGCUUGCAAGCAGUAGCCUGGGGGAGUGAGGGUAGGGUAGGGGCAUUGUAGAGUUGGAAAGGGAGCCUGAGGAUCAUCUGUUACAACUCCCCGUGAUGCAGAAAUCUGCAACUGUCCCAUAUGGGGAUUGAACCUGCGACCGUGGUAUUGUCACCUGUGCGACUGCUAUAAAACUUAGGGAACAAGCUGUACUACCAAAAUAAUUAAGGCUUUAAAUGAUAAUUUUAGGUUAUAUUUUAGUGAUCAAAAUUUAAUAUAUUUUUUUAACUGCUGCUGUAUCUGAAAUGUCUCUGUUAUACCCAAUUGCAAUUCAAUGUAUUCCUGUUGUGUUUUAUGAUUUUCCUGAUAUUAUAAGUGACCCGGAACUGGUCUGUGACCGUAAUAAUACCAUGAAUUAGAAUUUUAUUAUCCGCACCAUUCUCUUAACUAUCUGAGCUAUCCAGUGGUGAGAGAGAUGCCUUCUGGAGAAGCUCUGCUGCCAGCUUAGACUGCCUGACCCCUGGAAGAGGGGCUGCCUGGGGGAGCCGAAAGGUUCUCGAUGGUUUCUUAGCCUUCAUAUAAAGAGCAUGUGGGGCAAGAGGCCACAGUCGACCCCAAACCCUCAGCUGCAAGGGGAAUUGCAGAGAGCAGACUUUGCUGUGCCCUGUUCGUUGUUCUGUGAAAAAGGGGUUGUUGGAUUGCUGCUGCUGCUGCUGCUGCUGCUGCUUGGUUUGAGGCUGAGAUUUGGUGCCUGAACGUGGGGUGGAGGGGCUGCUCCCCAAGAUCAGGCUUGCUUUAGGGGAUCCCCUCCCUCUCUUAUCAGAUUGUAUGAGAGAACAUAUUGAUAACCCCACCUCUAGCGGGCAGCAUCCACCCCCUAUUGUGACAACUGACCCAGUGCAUGCUCUCUCGCUCUCUCCCUCCCUCUCCCUCCCCAGGGCUCAGCUGACCAACAUCCUGCAGCAGAUCAAAGCCGCACGAAGGACUCUGGCUGGGCUGACCAUGGAGGAGUUGAACCAGCUGGUGGCCGCCAAGCUAGUUGAGCAGGAGCGGGUGGCAGCUGUUGGGACACAGGUAAGCAAGGUGGAAAGCAGGGGCUGGGAUCCUUGAGGUGGGGAGAAUGGCUUGGGCCAAGGGGUCGCCUGAUGGUAAACCACCACCACCCUUCCCGGCUUUCUCUGCUACUGCAGCCUCUUGGCCGGAUCCAUUCCCCGAUGUUCCCUGCUCCUCUGCCGCAGAUGAGCAACCCCAUGUUCUUGCCCUCGGCUCAGGUCUCCUACAGUGGGACACCACCCCAGGUAAGACAUCAACAUCUCCUCACCUCCCUGGCCUUUCUGAACUGGGCCUGGGAAAAGGAUGCAGGGAAAGAGGGAGGUUCUAGAGGAAACCCUCCCUGCCCGGUGGUCAAAGCCACCCCCGUUAACUUACCACCCCACAACCUCGUUGCCACUCUCCCUUUUCUCUGUGUCCGCCAGGUUCCUGCGGCCUGCAAACUGUGUCUGAUGUGCCAGAAACUGGUCCAGCCUAGCGAGCUCCACCCCAUGGCUUGUUCCCAUGUGCUGCACAAGGAGGUGGGUGCUCAGAAGUGCCCUAGAGACAGGCAGCCUGUGGGGCACGCCCAGCGCGGCAUCCUUCCAGGGAAGGACUCAACCAUGGGGUUCCGUCACCUGGCUGUGGCGGAGCAAAUUGUAAGGCCAUCACACAUUCUAGCUCUAAUCUAGAGAUCAGCAAAGUUACCAUGCCUCGGGCCAGUGUCUCCAGUGCCAAUCACGUGGCAGGGCAGGGGAGCGCGUGCCCAUACGCUUGCGCACACGCUAUUUCCGGCACACUUCCGGGUCGGAGGAGCACCAGAAAUAACGCUUGUGCAUGCACAAAUAAUGCUUGCCCAUGUGCACAAGCUAUUUCCGGUGCUCCUCCAACCCCGAAGCAGGCAGCCGCGCCGCGCAGCGCAGCGCCAGUAAGAGUGGGUGGCGGCUGUGGGGGUCGCCGUGGGCCAGAUAAACGAGUCCCUCGGGUCUUAUCUGGCCUGCAGGCCUUAGUUUGGGGACCCCUGCUCUAGUUGCUAUAAAGAGUUGCUGCUUCUGCUGUUACUCAGGAGUUUCCCCACCAUAAGCCAAAUGGAGGGAAGGCCCUCUCCGUCCUAGGGGAGGCAGCUUCCUAGGGUCUUAGUAGGUGGGGUAGGAAAUGUCAAGAUCAGAGUCUGUUCCGCCUUCCAGCUCUCAAGAAGCGCUGGUUUCAAGGACACAGGAUCCUUAACCUGGUUUGCGGUGGAGGGCUAAACACUGAGAAUUCAACUAUCUUUGGAUUAGUAGGUAGUAGCAUAAGCUGGCAUUUUCUAUAGCUGCUGCUGGAAGUGGGAAAAGACCCUGUGCGGUUUUGCCCCCUGUGCAAACGCCGCUUCUAGUCCCUGCCCCUUGCCCCAGUGGGAGGCGGUUGUGAAAUGGCAGGCUUUGUCCUCUUCCUCCAGUGCAUCAAGUUCUGGGCUCAGACCAACACCAACGACGCUUGCCCCUUCUGUCCCAGUCCGAAAUGACCACCGGUGCAAAGAGGACAACAGCGGUACUCAGCCUGGGUGGGACGAGAGCUCCAGCAAGAUGCCAGGCACCCCCAGAAUUUCUACAGCUCUAUAUUUAUAUGGCCAUGUAUACACAUGUACAUUUUUAUUCUAUAGGGAAUGUGUGUAUAGAAAGUCUGUAUACAUACCAGUUCAUAAUAAAGUGUGUAUAUUAUGCAG